AUGCGAACGGAACCGAGUGGAUAUCGUCCCUUAUCCCUGACCAGCUGCUGCAGCAAGGUCAUCGACCGGAUGGUCAAUCGAAGACUAACGCAAUUCAUCCGGGACAACGACCUCCUCGACCACCGCCAACAUGCUUUUCGCCAAGGAUGUGGCACAAGUACUUAUUUCGCCACUCUCGGACAAGUUCUGGAUUACGCCCUCGAAAAUGGCCUCCACGUGGACUUGGCCACGCUGGACCUUUCGAAGGCGUACAACCGCACUUGGACUCCGGGGGUUUUAACAACACUGGCCAGCUGGGCAUCGGCGGAAACUGGCGUUCCCCAAGGCUCCAUGCUGGUGGUAACCCUCUUCCUCAUCGCCAUGAACGGAGACUUCGAAUGCUUACCAAAAGGUGUCUUCAUUUUUGUGUUUGCGGAUGACAUCGUCAUUCUCACAACAGGGCAUAGACCCACCCUGAUCUGCAGGAAACUCCAAAGCGCUAUCGAAGCAGUGCAUGCUUGGGCAUCAUCCGUCGGAUUCGAACUAUCGCCAUCCAACAGUCAAUUCUCCCACCUAUGCCUAGGAAAACACCGCGCGAAGAAGAAUCCCCCCCAAAAUCGACGGAGAAGUAAUACCUUUCGAGGCCACGAUCCGCAUUCUCGGAGUAUAUCUAGACCGUCAUCUGAGUUUUCAGUUUCACUGCGACCGGAUAAAAAAGCAAUGCGAAAGUCGAUUGAACCUGUUACGAAUUAUCGCCAACAAGCACACCAGUGUAGAAAUUUCGAUAAUGUAACCGAUAAACUCGCACCAACUUUCAACCGAUGCAUCCGUCGUGUGUCCGGUCUUCUUCCUUGCACUCCCGCAGCAUCCACGUGUGUCGAGGCUGGAAUCCUCCCCUUUCGAUACAUAUUCGCAAAAGCCGUAUGUUCCAAAGCCACUAGUUUCCUGGAGAAGACGACCGGUGAUGACGAGGGAGUGUUCCUCCUCAAAGAGGCAAACAAGCUCCUUCAAGUUUUCACCCACCAGAACCUCCCCCCAGUGUCCAGGGUCCACUGGGUAGGAGACGAAGCGUGGGACUACUCUCCACCUAAGAUCAUAUGGGCAUUAAAUAAACCAACCAAAGAAAAUCUGAACCUCCACACUGUGGUGCCGCGCUUCAACGAACUCAUUAGAACAACGCUGAAUGGAUACGAGCUCAUUUAUACGGAUGGUUCAAAAACAGCGAGCGAAGUCGGCUAUGGCGUAUUCGGCCCCAACCUAGAUACCAGCAGAGGCCUUCGUAAGCCUACAUCGAUCUUCUCGGCUGAGGCAGCUGCCAUCUUCUCAGCCGUUACGGAGUCCAGUUUUUCCUGGAAGGCCAUCAUUACCGAUUCGGCCAGUGUGCUGAAGGCCCUUGAGAGUCCGAAGAACCGACACCCGUUGGUGCAAGCAAUCAGAAUGGCUUCGAACAGUAACACCGUAUAUGUCUGGGUUCCCAGCCACUGCAAUAUCAGUGGAAACGAGGCUGCGGACAAGCUGGCAGCGAUCGGCAGAUCUAAAACCCCAGUGGAACCGGAAGUCCCUGCAGCGGAUUUAAAAAUCUGA